AUGGCCGACAAUGAUCCCAGCUAUCGUCGACAAAGCGAACAUGAUUCCACUCUCAUCUUACCGACCCCUUCUGUUACUACCAGUGUGGACCAAGGAGAAACUGAGAAACCGAAUGUUCACAGCCACUCUGCGCCAUACUCUUCAUUCGGGAACCCAGUGAAUAGAACAGUCACUUCAAGCAGCGUUACUAACACUGACACUGAUGGUGAUGUCCCCGUAACUCGCUUCAAUCAAAGCGCCCCAUCGUUGAACAAUCCACCGUUCAGAUCGAUUAAGAGCACGGCAGAUAUGCCGGAGCACGUGAGGAAUGAGAUUCUGAGGUCAAGAGCAUCAGAGCUUCAAGCUCCCGUAGAUGACGCUGUGAGAGAUCACCAGAGCAAGAAAUUGAGGAAGAGCAGGGAGCUGACAGAGGAGCAAAGUGAGGCGAAACGCAACCGCGACCGCAUCAACUCAGAGAAGGCUAGAGGCAGAAUACUUGAGUGGGAAAGAUACCUUAAGGAAGAAACCAGCACAUCGAUUGAAACUUGCCAAACGUUGCGAGCUCAAUUGGACGAGGUUGAAAAAUCCAUUCAGGGGUUGCGCUCCAAGCUGACGGUUGGGCAAUCUUUGCAAUACAGGACACCAUAUCUGCCAAACUUUUCACUUGAAGACGCAGAUGCUACUAUUCCUAGCGCUCUCAGAAUUGGCGGGCCGAACAGAAAAUCAUCUAUGGAGGGGAUGCCGUCCACCGAACCUGAGCCGAUUGCGUAUUCAGCGGAGAACAGAGCAGCUUAUAGUAAGCUACUCUUCCUGACUACUAUGCUUUCCUCAACUACUUCGCCAUGGCUUUCUUCUAAUCUAUCUUUGCUCAAGGAUCUCGAGGAGAAACUGCACACAGAAGUAGUUCUCACGGUCGCCAACAGUUGA